AUGUGUUUUUGGUCAUGGUUUCUUUACUCACUAUCCUUCCUCUCAACAACGGCGUCGUUUUAGCUUACUAAUUAGAGCACCGCCACCACUGCCCGGUUUAAUUAUUUUCCCAAUCCAAAUAUAGGGAGAAAAGUGGGGGGAAAAAGUAAGUGAAAAAGAAGAAAACGAGGGAAUUAUUUUCUUUUCUCUGGCGAAGCAGAUUUCUCUAUGACGAUUCUGAAUGAGUAGAGAUUAACUGUUUUCUUAGUUAUUGGAAUCACUGAAUGUCAACGUUUUGAACUCUGGGAGGUACAAAUUAACUAAGAGGGCCCUUGUUUCGAUCACAAGAAGUUAUAUAAUCUUUUGAUUCCAGAAAAGGAUAUUGUUAGGGUUUGCAGUUGUGAUUGACUAAGAGGAGGAGGAUAAGGAGAAGUAAGAAAGAUGGGAGAACGGAAGGUUCUGAACAAGUACUAUCCGCCGGAUUUCGAUCCGGCGAAGAUUCCACGGCGGAGGCAACCGAAGAACCAGCAGAUGAAAGUUCGGAUGAUGCUUCCUAUGAGUAUUCGCUGUAAUACGUGCGGCAACUAUAUUUACAAAGGCACAAAGUUCAAUUCAAGAAAGGAAGACGUUGCCGGAGAGAACUACUUGGGAAUUCAAAUAUUCAGAUUCUAUUUCAAGUGCACAAAGUGCUCAGCUGAGAUUACGUACAAAACAGAUCCAAAGAAUUCUGAUUAUGUUGUCGAAUCUGGCGCAACACGGAAUUUUGAGCCCUGGCGUGCAGAGGACGAGCAAGUUGAGAGUGAGAAGAGGAAAAGAGAUUCUGAAGAAAUGGGGGAUGCUAUGAAAUCAUUGGAGAAUAGAACGUUGGACUCAAAACGAGAAAUGGAUAUACUUGCUGCAUUGGAUGAAGUGAAGUCCAUGAAGUCAAGACAAGCAAGUGUCAGCGUAGAUGCAAUGCUGGAAGUUCUGCAACGUGCAAAUGAGGAGAAAGAAAGGAAGCUGUUUGAAGAGGAUGAAGCUCUCAUAAGAUCUAUAUUUAAGGGAUCAAGUGAAAGCUAUGUGCGAAGGAUUAAUGAUGAUGACUUUGAUGACGAGGAGGAUGUAGCUUCUACAGUUGCUGCCAGUGAAGAAGCAUCAAAUUCUGUUUCAAAGAGGAAAAAACUGGAUGAAGAACGACUGGGCAACCCAACGGAUACAUUGUCAGAUGGCAGUGCACUUGAUAAAGAUAAAGCUGGUGUUUCUGGGUCUUCAAAUAAUGGAAAAUCCAUUUUCAAGUCGCCAUUAGUAAGAGUAUCUAUUGUGAAGAAGCCAGCUGCAGCAAAUGAAGGGGAAGAGACAGAUCACAAUCAGACUGUUAGAAGCACUGGCUUGCAAUCAUUAUGCCAACUGUAUCAGAGUGAUGAAGAUGAUUAAAUGUAUUAAUGUAAAAUCUUCAUGUUGCAUAAGUCGUUGAUAACUGGGAAAUGUUUUUAAAAUAACCUUCAAUCACUUUCAAUGCGUAUUUGCUUUCUUAUUUAUC